AUGACCGACUGCACGACUGGAAACGAAUUCGAUGGCCGACUUGGGGUGCGGAUAAGCUCCAUCGUCGUCAUCUUCAUCGGAUCUGCUCUUGGCGCUCUCUUUCCAGUAUGGGCAGCCAACCACAAAGGUGCUCAUGUCCCGGAAUGGACUUUCUUCGUUGCGAAAUACUUCGGUUCGGGUGUUAUCGUCGCGACAGCUUUCAUACACCUGCUUGCACCAGCGCACGAAGCCUUAACCAACGAAUGUUUAACGGGCCCAAUCACCGAGUACGACUGGGUUGAGGGCAUCUGUCUAAUCUCCAUCUUCUUUCUGUUUAUCGUCGAAGUCAUGGUCAUGCGCUUUGCCAAGUUCGGACAUAGCCAUAGUCAUGAUCACGGUCACGGUCACGAUCCAGAGCAUGGCAGACCCCUCGAAGCAGGUUCGUCCAGUCCAAAGGAAACGGACCAGCAGCCACAGAAGUACCAAGACAACCCGAGUAAGACCGAGUUGUCCGAAGGUGCAGCAGAGUCAUCGGUAGGAGGCAACGAUCAAUGCCCUGUCGGCCCCUAUGCUCCUGGUGAUGACCACCUUUCACAUGCUCGCGAACAUGUUGAUUCCCAUGGAGAACCCAGCCGGACAUUCGAGCCGGACUCUUACACUGCUCAGAUGACUGCCCUUUUCAUCCUAGAGUUCGGCGUUGUGUUCCACUCCGUCUUCAUCGGUCUCACCCUGGCUGUAGCGGGAUCGGAGUUUAUCACACUUUACGUCGUAUUGGUGUUUCAUCAGACCUUUGAAGGGCUGGCGUUGGGUUCUCGACUCGGAACGAUGAAGUGGCCACGUUCGAAAUGGUGGACACCCUACCUCAUGGGCCUUGGCUACGCUGUGUCAACACCGAUCGCGAUUGCUAUAGGCCUCGGUGUCCGCAAAAGCUUCAAUCCAGAAGGUCAGACGGCGCUGAUUGCAAAUGGUAUCUUUGACUCGCUUAGUGCCGGCAUCUUGAUAUAUACCGGACUCGUGGAGCUCAUGGCGCACGAGUUCAUGUUCAGCUCGCAUAUGCAGAAAGCACCAAUGGGCACCAUACUUGCUGCAAUCGGUUGGAUGCUCCUCGGAGCGCUGCUCAUGUCCAUACUAGGAAAAUGGGCAUAG